AUGGACCAGUUCAAAAACGCCGGCCAGAACCACAUUGUGGCUGCCUACGAGGCGUUGCCUGAAAACGAACAACAGGUUUUGUUGGACCAGCUCAAAGCCAUCGAUAACCCAGAAAAGCUCGUGCAAACCGUCCAAGAAGCUAUCCAGUUUUCGAAAGCUGCCGGCGAAAAGCUGUUUGCCCAGCUCCCCCACGAACUGACCUCGUCCACGAUCGAACAGACACGUGAGCAUUUGGACCGCUGGUUCGACAUUGGCUUGGAGACGAUUGCCAAAAACGAGGUGGCUGUUCUUCUAUUGGCUGGAGGGCAGGGCACACGUUUGGGUUGUUCUGAUCCUAAGGGCUGCUACGACAUUGGCUUGCCCCUGGGCAAAACCUUGUUUCAGAUCCAGGCGGAGAAGAUCUUGAAGGUGCAGCAGUUGGCCAAGGAGAAGUUUCCCGAAUCUAACCCCAAGGUGCAGUGGUACAUCAUGACCUCGGGCGCCACAAGAGAGGCCACGGAGCAGCAUUUCGAGAAAAAGGACCAUUUUGGCUUGGCCGCUGACCAGAUCACGUUUUUCAACCAGGGCACCUUGCCAUGUUUCUCGUUGGACGGCUCCAAGAUCUUGAUGGGCUCGAAAUCGUCAAUCUGCGAGUCCCCUGAUGGAAAUGGUGGUCUCUACAAGGCCAUUGCCAAGGCCAACCUCUUGGACGACUUCCGCAAAAAGAACAUCAAGCAUAUCCACAUGUACUGCGUGGACAACUGUCUUGUCAAGGUGGCCGACCCGCUUUUCUUGGGUUUUGCUAUCGAGCGUGACUUUGACUUGGCCACCAAGGCCGUGAGAAAGAGAGACGCCGCUGAGCUGGUGGGUCUUAUUGUUUUGGACGAGCAGACCCAGAGACCCUGCGUGAUUGAGUACUCUGAGAUUUCCAAGGAAUUGACCGAAAAGCCCGAUCCUUCGGACCCCGCCAAGUUGUACUUGCGUGCUGCCAACAUUGUCAACCACUACUAUUCCGUCAGCUUGCUUGAAAAGAUGUUGGACACCUGGACGUCGUCGCAGGAGCACUUGCCUUUCCACAUUGCCAAGAAGAAGAUUGCUUCUAUCGACUUGGAGUCUGGCGAAUUUGUCAAGCCCGAGCAGCCCAACGGCAUCAAGUUGGAGCAGUUCAUCUUCGACGUGUUCCCCUCUGUGGCCUUGGACAAGUUUGGCUGCUUGGAGGUGGAGAGAGCCGAGGAGUUCAGUCCUUUGAAGAACAACACCUCUGCUGCCAAUGACAACGCCAACACAUGUAAGAAGCAUUUCCUCGAGUUGGGUACCAGGUGGGUGCGUGAGAACGGCGGUGUCGUUCCUGAAGGCGCCUUGGUGGAGGUUCUGGGUUUGACCAGCUACCACGGUGAGCACUUGGACCAGGUCAAGGGCAGACAGUUCAAGGACGGCGACCAGAUUUAG